CCAAUGUAUUUCUGCAUGCAGCACUCAGCUAUAUACUGUACUGUGGGAACCCAGCAAGAUGAAGGCAUGUUCCGGGGACAUCUUUCUAGGCAACACCAAACAUUUCUACUGUAGAAGUUGGGAUGGUUCGGGUAAAGUCAAGAUAUUUGCUGUGUGAAAUAAACAUCUCCGUCCCAUCCAAUCGGUUGUUGCUGGAAGACAAACCGAUCUUCUCGGCAGUGAAAGAUGCCGUGGCGAGCAUGCAUGGUGACUAUGGAGCGGCACAAUGCUCCAUUGGAUUCUCAGUCAAAUACGUGAAUGCACUCACUGGCAUAAUGCUUAUACGCUGCCCCAAAAGUUCUUACCGCCUCAUCUGGUCUGCGCUGCCUUUCGUUACCAGCGUGGAACAUAAAGGAAGAAAAAUCCCCUUUUUCCUCAACUGUUUGCAUGUCGGAGGAACGAUCAGAACAUGUCAGAAGUUCCUGGUUCGAUACAAUACCCAGCAGCUCCAUAGAAUGCUCCCUCAAUGUAAAACCACAGGGCUGUGGCUGUGCUGCGGUCCAGACAUCAGAUCAUCCUCAUGUCUUGCACCGAGUGGCAGAUAAUUCUGGACAUGGAUGAUGAUGGUCACAUAUUUCCGCUGCAUUUCAGAAUCCCAAGAACCCAGUUUGAGGUCCUUUUUUAAAAGGUACCUUCAGGAGGUUGGCCUGCAAAGUGACCACUACCAAAGGCUGCCUCCCCUGCUUAUUGCCAAGAAGGUGCUCAUGUUCCUGUGGUACAUGGCCAACCAGAAAUGGUCCCGGUAGAUAUCUUGACAAGUUUAAUGUCUCACUUUCAUCAGCACACAGCUCCAUACUUCGGUUGCUGACCAUCAUGUCCACUUUUGUCUCAUGGCCUACAGGCUGUGAGAAGAGGGUGUCUGCCACCAGAUUCCAACGCACAUGUGGCCUUGAGGGGGUCAUUGGAGCGAUGUCUCCAGAGGCCACCGGUCAGAGGAGGGGACUACAACUUUUCCCAUGGUGCCUCGAUAGGAUGUGAUUAACACCCAGACGGAUGUCCAAGAGAUGGAGAUACCAACGAGUAAGUGGUGUUGGCAAAACCAAAGACCCUGAGUUAUUUUACUCUGAGUUUCCUCUGCAAAUGUUGAGGCAAGAAUCAGUGAGGAAACACAUUUUUCCUUUCUGAAAUCUUUGGCAACAACUAUACAUUGACAUGGUUCACACUAUUUGUCGAUGUGAUGGUACAUACUAUUUAUGGGUGUGAUAACUAUGCAAGGUAUCCUUUGCGUGAAUUCAGUGAGAUGCCUUUGAAACUAAACAAACUUGGGUGACAUUCAAACACACUCAGACUUGGAUGAGUUAAAAAAUAAAUGUAUUUUUGAAGCAGAAUCUGUGAGAAAGACACCAUUCAAAUGUGUACAAGACAAAAGGUUAUAAUAAUAAAACAAGGAUAAUGUA